AUGAAGCCUAGAACUUAUAUACCUACUGAAAACGACGACGAAGCCUGGAACUUAUCACUGAAAUUACGAAUUCUAGAACCUGAAAGAAAGUGGGAGUUAGUAAUGAAGAGAAAAACACAAGUAUCCAAAAAAAAAAAAUUACUGAAAAUAACGAAGCCUAGAACUUAUAUACCUACUGAAAACAACAACGAAGCCUGGAACUUAUCACCAAAAUUACAAAUUCUAGAACUUGAAAGAAAAACUUAUAUACUCACUGAAAACAACGACGAAGCCUGGAACUUAUCACCGAAAUUACAGAUCCUAGAACCUGAAAAAAAGUGA